AUGGAGCUCAGCACGAAGCGACGCACCUCCUUUUCCUUUCUCUUCGGAUCCCAGAAAUCCACCUUGGUAACCCAAAACCAGCCUACCCGGUAUUACGAUUUUGUUGACACUCCUGAAUUCUACCAGCCCCCAUCGCCGUUGAUCGAGCGACAGCAGGUUCCCAAAGAGCUGGAAGCGCAGAUACGUAAUGCCUGCACGUUGCUCGUCUGCCGGGUUGAACAAGGCGUGCCGUCGGGAGGCAAAAAGCGAGCUCGCGCAGUGACGACAAACACGGUGAUGCAGGAAUCGUCCAUGACCGCCCAGGUCGAUUCCAAGUAUAUGCUGCCAAAAGUAGGGGCCGAUGUGGCUGCUCUGAAGGACAAAUUCGACUCGGGGGUUGCCUUGACCCAGCAGCCGAGUAUGCAGGCCAUGAGGACACUCCAUUCUCAGUCUAAACAGCAAAGCAAAUCCGACAGUCUUGGGUCGGGACGAGCCACGUCGUCCCACUCGGCUGUCACCAAUGCAACACAGUCCAUGAGUCCUCCGCAAAGUAGACGAGGUAUGGGACAUCAUAUCAUGAGCUGGGGGAAACGGAGCAGAAGCCGAAGCUGCAGCCAAAGUCGCAGCCAAAGCACCGAAGCAAUUCUCGACGGUUUCAGUGAGCCUGUGGAUGAAGACAGCCACCCCGACAUUCUCACCGAAGACAACGUCGAGGUCUUUCUGGAUCCUGACGCUGCAAUCAUGUCCAGCGGAGUUGCCAGCUUCCAUUCACCACAGAUCCUCACCAACUCCUCUCCUGGCCUCGACACGUCCGGGAACUCUCCCUCGCACUGUCACUCGGGAGUAGCUCUCGAGACCCCGACCGCCAUCCCAUCCGAGUACACCGAUCCCAUGAUCCUGGACACUUUGGACGCCGAAUUCUGCAAGCAACAACCCGGAAUCAUCAUCGACAGCAGCGGCCUCGCGCACGUCCUUUCCGCCGCCGAAGAAACCCAACGUGCCAUGCACAUCCAACAAGCCGUGAGAGCCAAGAUGAAAUCCGGCACCAUCACCAACGUCAGCACCACCGCGCUUCCAGCAUGCCCGGACUCGGUCGAUGAAACUCAAAAUCUCCGCCCUGGCUCCAACGCAUCGCGAUUAAAAACCUCCUGGUCAGCCAUGAGCAAAGCCACGAGUCUGAAACGGAAGCCCCGUGGCGAUACAUCAAGUGAACCGACAGUGUUUCGCAAACUGGUGAACUUCUUUUCGAAACGUCGGCCCGUUAAUGUUGUUCAACCGGUGGGUACGUAUUGA